CUCGACUCUGGUUCGGUAUUGGUUGCCAUGAACUAUAAUACGUGGAAAGACCUGAAAGUACCGUAUUAUCCGGACUCGGUAGUCAACAUGGAAAGUGCCAAUAAUCAAGCAACAAGCACGAUGGGAUGUGUUCGUAACCUUCGUGUCACCAUUGGUCCUAUAUCUCUCUUCUUGCAAGUUCAUAUCGUCCGCGAAUCACCAUUCGAUCUGCUUCUCGGACGACCUUUCCUCAUGCUGCUCAAAUGCCAUUCCUUAGAUCUAUUGAAUGGGGAUCAACAAUUAACGCUAACCUGCCCUAAUACCGCCGUAACGAUCGUUAUUCCGACC